CGAUACUACUUUGUUUAAAAAUGGCGGUAUACGAAGUGUUUGCCCACCCAGAACUCCGACGUUAUAAGACCCAUAUAUGCACAAAGGCUUCGCUAUUGACAUUUUGUAUUUUAUUCCUCGUUUUCAUUCCGCCACUUUUCGUUGUUUAUAGAAGUUAUGGGUUCUGGAAGAAAGAAGAAUUCUAUAGAGAAGUUCCAACUGUCCAUUUUAAGAAACAGUUUCUUGUGGUUCUUGAACUAGAGCAGGAAGGGAGUUUUAUCACCUACAGUACAUAUCAAAGAUACAACCAGCUUCAGCAGCAAAAUAUCAGAAUACCACUCAUUCAGUCAAGAGAACCAGAUGAGAAUGGUGAUGGGAAAGCUGAUGGACUAGAAUUCAAACUUGAGAUGCCUCUUUUAGGAUCUGAAAAAGUUGUUGGAGCAAAGCUUCUCCUCUUUUUUGACUACACUUUGCAUAGAUUUUCAUCUUUUGGGAUGGAAUCCAUGGCAUACAUCAAUUAUGAGUCCCCAAAACCUGGAGCCAGACUGGAUGUUUAUGGUGAACUGAAUAUGAGACAGAAACAACCCAUAGGACACAGAGGCCAGGAUUUAAGAUACAGCGGUUCAAUCAUUGAUUCUACAAGUGUGUAUGCAGAAGACUAUGAUCUAGCAAACAUCUUUAAAACUUACACAGAAAGAAAUGUGACGACCCAGUUAAAUGCACCCUAUUCACUGUGGAGGAGUGGGCGAGGGGCGGGCCAGCCAUUUGUCAUCAGCAGCAACAUCACCUACACAGAACAGAUGAUUCUCUAUUACCCAGGAUUCUGGUAUAUGAUCAAGUGGGGCUGGGUGCAGUACGUGUCUGUUCUUCUUGUAUUCCUUUAUGUGUUUGACAGGAUCAAGAUCUUCAUCUUCCAAAACCAGCUUGUGACGACCAUAGUGGAAAAGCCAUGGAAAAGGGAAAAGAUGUCCUGAUGUAGACAGGACUAGACCUAGUGAUCAAUAACUGCAGGAUAUCAGUAGAGAAUGAAUAGGGACACUGUUUGAUAUUAUGCUCAGGACUGAAGGCUUAGGAAUGGAAGUUUAAGGAAGUGUGGCUAGUGAACUGAAUCAUGUUUGUUGGUGAAGCUGUCAAAGACUACAGAUGAUAAUUGCUGCUCGGACAUUCUCUAUCUUACUGAUAUUAGAAGAAUUGCAAAUUCUUUAUGAUCUGUUACUGUGGAGUUUCACUGUAGAUAACUAUGCAAACUUUUAAUUAUGAGAGAAAGAUACCAUAUGCAUAUCAAAGUGUUUUCAUGUAAGUACAUGUAAUGUUAUACAUCUACAUGUAGAUAAUGUAAACUUGUGCUACAUUUGUCUCAGCAUCUGUAUGGUUGUCGGUAUACAUGAACAUGUAACCAUAGAACGUGAUUUGAGUGAGUGAUAUUUUUAUUUAUUGAAUUUUUUAUAGUAAGACAGUUGUAAAUAUUUUAAUGGUCAUUUUUGUAAUAAAAUUAUCAUACAACAUG